AGCUGUUGCUAUUGUUGCUGUUUGGUAGAAUUGUUUUGAUCGCUAUCUGCGGAAUAAAGGAAACAAAUCAGCUUUUCAACAACAUUCCCUUGGCACAGAACUAUUUACACUAUUCUGUACACUGUUUAUGUGAUUCCACUUGACACUAAAACGCGUUGUGUUUUGUGUGGUUUUAGUUUAAAAUAGUACAUUGUACAAAAUAUACGCCGCUAAUACCAAUUACAUGCCGGGUUUGUAGAUAAGAGGGCGCGCGCUCGCAUUAGUUCGUCGCUGCGUAAACUAAGACUCAUUGAACGCAGCAAUUUGCGCUGAGUCAGGUUGUUAUCAACCUGGCUGCUACGCAACCCUGAAGCAUUGGAUAUCUUAGAGCCACCCUCCCGCUUUCAACGUGGAACCAAAAUCAACCAAAAAUCGACGGUCAAUUGUGUGCAUAUAUCAUUGAUAAGGGAGUAGUCCCUCGCUGAUUACGAAAUAAUAUUACUCAGUACGACCCAACGGAAAGCCUAAUCGGAGGAGUUGAGUCUGAUUCACGCCAGUACACACGCGGAUUUUUCAAACUAAAGUGUUGACGCUACGGAACAGCUAGUGCUAGUGAUCGCUGUAACAAUGUUCCGAAAGAUAUGGAAAUCCAUUACUUCCGUGUAUCUUCUGUACGAACUUAACACCUGCAUUUACAUGCUGGAUCCAUGGGAAAAGCGCUUCGUCAAUGCAUUCAUAUUUGCCAUUUUAGGGUUGCUCAUCUUCUCCAGCUACACGUUCCUUCCGGGCUACACCCGGAAGCUGGUCAAUGCAUUCCUUCCUGCCCAUUCCGCACUGUCCGAUCUCGACCUGGAUCAUCAGCGGUCAAUGGAGUUUAACAUACACUGACGGUAAACGGGGGGUGACCGUUUUUUUUAUUUCGUAGUGGUGCAACGCCAAGGACCAAGGACGUGAUAAACCAACGCACCGGUGGAACUUGCUAACGACGUGCUGGGCACAAAUUUCGACAACAACCACGCUUAAAAUCGCAAAAAUCGAAAGCACGUAGUCAAAAGCUGUGUUUUAUUUAGGUUCGGAUGCAUUUUCUUCUUUCGAUUCGGUUUGAUUUCGAGCGUUAGUUUAGACAAAAUAGUGGUACAAAGUAACAUUUCAACGGUUUACGCUACCGAUUGCCGAAGAUCUUGGAGUGAUUUAUAUGUGUAAGCAAAAAGUAGAUUAUACCCAAUGUGAUGAGCAUGGUCACAUAGAGCAAAUAAACGCAUCAUUUUGAUAGACAAA